AGGGAGUGUGUGUUGUGUUCUUCUUCUUCUUCUUCUUCGUUCCCUUCUGCAAAUCCCACUUCUCUUCUUCUCCUUCUCUCUCUACAACCUUCUCCUUCUCUUUCUCUCUCCUCAGCUUCGUCUUCUCUUGCGCCGCGUUUGGAUCAAGGUUCUCUCAAUUUCGGAAAAGUUGCACCAAUCCAUGCGUCGUGUUCGUGGUUUGCGAAGCUCCGCGAAUUCGAGCUGGUUUUUCGAAUUAUUCGAUUUUUCUGUGAGGGAGAGAUCGUAAUCGUUGCUUGUUUUCGGUGGAAUUUGGAAUUCGCGGUGAGAGUUUUCGUGCCAUGGGGGAAGGUGAAGGUGAAGGAGGUGAUUGCGCUCCGAGGAAUGUUUCGUCGUCGGUGGCUGAAGUUGUGGUAUCGGCGGCGGUAGCAACGGCUUCGUUGGAUGCUCCGGCGAAGAAGCUGGCGAGGCAGCUCGAUUUCACCGGCAUGCCGGAACAUGCGCAAUCGCAGCCGCAGACUGUGACGCAGCAACCGGUGGUGGUGUUGCCGUUUCCGCCGCAGGCGCCGCUUGCUUCUGCAAGGGUUGGGAAACCAGAAUCUCCAAAAUCAAAAUCAAGACCUAACUUUGAGAUGAAGGAUGCUACCCCAAAGAAGCAAAAGCAGUGCAAUUGUAAACACUCUAAAUGCUUGAAGCUAUAUUGUGAAUGUUUUGCAUCGGGAAUAUAUUGUGAUGGUUGCAACUGUGUAAAUUGUUUCAACAAUGUUGAAAAUGAAGCUGCUAGACGAGAAGCUGUUGAAGCUACCUUGGAACGCAAUCCAAAUGCAUUUCGGCCCAAAAUUGCAAACAGUCCUCACGGAGCACGUGAUAGCAGGGAGGAGGUUGGAGAAGGUUUAAUAUUAGGAAAACAUAACAAGGGGUGUCAUUGUAAAAAAUCUGGGUGCCUAAAGAAGUACUGCGAAUGCUUCCAAGCCAACAUUCUUUGUUCUGAAAAUUGUAAAUGCAUGGACUGCAAGAAUUUUGAGGGAAGUGAAGAGAGGCAGGCUUUGUUUCAUGGAGAUCAAAAUAACAACAUGGCAUAUAUUCAGCAAGCGGCAAAUGCUGCCAUAACUGGAGCUAUUGGUUCCUCUGGCUACUCAUCACCUCCAGUAUCAAAGAAAAGAAAAGGUCAGGAACUCUUCUUUUGGCCAACAGCCAAGGAUCCAUCCAUUAGCAAGUUGGGACAACAGGUAAACCAUGUCAAAGGUCCAAUUGCACCCUCCUCAUCCUUGUCACCUGCCCCAGGUGCUCGUGUUGGAACUGCAACAUUAGGUCCUUCAAAAUUUAUGUACAGGUCUCUUUUAGCUGACAUUAUACAACCACAACACCUCAAGGAGCUUUGCUCAGUUCUGGUGCUAGUAUCCGGACAAACUGCAAAGACACUUACAGACCAGAAAAUUUUAAUGGAAAAGCAUACAGAAGAUCACACAGACACUUCCCUUGCUUCUUCAACUCAAGAGCAAUUACCAAGUCAAAAGGAAGGUGAUAUUGAGAAGGCUAUGGCUGAUGAUUGUUUGAGUGCAAACCAAACAGAUAAAAUCAGCCCAGAAAAUUCCAGUUCAGAUGGCGCUGAUGUCCCCAAAGGGAGGCCAAUGUCUCCUGGGACUUUAGCCUUGAUGUGUGAUGAGCAAGAUACAAUGUUCAUGACAGCUGCCUCCCCCACUGGGCCAAUGACCCAUGCUUGCAAUACAACUUCACAAUUUCCUUAUGGGCAAGGAAUGACACAGGUUUAUGCAGAGCAAGAAAGGAUUGUUUUAACUAAGUUUAGAGAUUUUCUCAAUAGGGUUAUCACUAUGGGAGAAAUAAAUGAAACAAAGUGUUCUUCGUUGGCCAGAAGUGAACUGGAGGGUCAAAAGGACCCAAUCAGCAGCAAUGGCGUUGAAAAUUCCAGUACAGAGAUAGUGCCUCAGCAGGGAGCCACUAGCAAUGGUGUUACCAAAGCUGUUGUUCCACCCAGGUCCUCAACUUCAUCGUCUAUGAUCCCUGGUAAUGUUGCUGAAAAUGGGGAGACCAAGCUGAAGAUUGAAAAAGAGAUAUGAAAAGAAUGAGUUAGAAGGAUAUGCAGAGGUAUGAUCUGAAAGGAAAAAUGAGAAGAAUUUCUUUCAAGGCAAGAUGGAACUUCUCUCUUACAUAAUUAUAAAAUCAUUGCUGUUCUUCAUUUUCUACCUUCACUGAAAGGUAAGUCAAGCAUACAGGCCCCACCAUUAGGCCAGGUAGGAUAAAUUUUUCCUUUUAUCAAUUUUCUUGUUCUUCGGCCAUUCAUACAUAUCUAAAUUAAUUUUUCAGCUUCAACAUUGCUUUAUUGCGAUGCUUGUAAAUUGCUGAGUUGUAAUUUCAUAAAGUGUAACGCUUAUAUUUUGCGUUGACCGACUUUCAUAGCUUGUAAUGUAGAAUAUACUUUUUAAUUUAGUUUUUACUUUUCCAUG